UUUUGAUAGAAUGAAAUAGAAUAAAAUGGAAUCUAAGAAAAAAAAUCAUACUAAUUUAUUCUUUGGAAAAUGUACAAAGGAGUACUUUCAACAUGAAUGAUAAAAAUUUGAUGAAACUCCGUACAACUCUUCGGAUUAAACGCUUCGAAAUAUUUGGAAAUUACCCAUAAAACGUUAGAUAAAGAUUAUAUGAUCUUUAUAAUUAUAAAUAUAAGUCAUGGAUAUUUCUUAAAAUAUAAAAUAAACACAAAUAAAAAUAUUAAUUAAAAUGAUAAGAAUUAUUUUAAUUGUGAUUUUGAUUUAUUAUUUUAUUAAAACAUUUUUUUAUUCAAAAACACAAAUAAAAUGGAUCUCAUUUUCUCGAAUAACAUAUUUAAAAGAAAUAGCAAGAGGCAAUUUUGGCAUUAUAUACCAAGCUAUUUGGGAAGAUAAGCCGGUUGCUAUAAAGAAAUUCUCGAACCCAAAAUAUUUUGAUAAAUAUUUUUUGAAUUUAAGAUCACAUUGUAAGUGCUGUGGCUGCGGAUGUAUUAAUAGGUGCUACGGUAUUACUAUGGAUCCUGAAACCAAAGAAUAUAUGUUAGUGCUACAGUAUGCAAAAGGAGGAAAUUUACAUGAAUAUUUACAGACUAAUUUUGUCAAUAUUACAUGGAAGGAAAAGAUUGAAAUCUUUUAUCAAAUAUCAAUGGGAGUUAAAAGAAUUCACGACGUAAAUUUUACACAUCGAGAUUUACAUAGUGGAAAUAUACUGCAUCUUGAACCGAAUCUUAAAAAAAGGUUUCAAAUUGCAGAUUUAGGAUUGGCACAACCCGAAAAUAUCCCUAGUGAUCAAAAAUACGGUGUAUUGCCUUAUAUGGCUCCAGAAUUAGUUAAUGGUCUCGAAUUUUCAAAGGCAUCUGAUGUAUAUAGCAUGGGGAUGAUUAUGUGGGAAAUUACAACAGGACGUAAACCUUUUGCCGAUGUUAAACAUCCACAUUGUAUCAUUUUUAAAAUUCUUGAUGGAGGUCGACCUAAAAUUACAGAGGACACACCUGAGUGUGUUAAAAAAUUAAUGGAAAGAUGUUGGGACCCUGAUCCAGGAAGAAGACCUUCUAUGGAUGAAAUACACGAAACUUUAUCAGACAUUAGAAAUGAAGAAUUUAAUAAAGCCGAUCAGAAAAGAUUAGAAUUAAUUGAAUUAAAAAAACUUGGUCCUGAAAAACCUCAUCCAAAAGCAUUUUAUAUGAGGAGAUCAUUAAGUUUAUAUUCUAACGGAUUAUCUUUGAUAGAACAAGGUAACGAAGAAUAUGUUACAAGGGAGUAUGAGCUUGAUAUAAACAAUAUAACGUAAUAAUAAAUUACAACGCAGGCUACUUACCUGAUGCGUCAUAACUUAUAAGUCAAAUGAAUUGGGCUCUGCAGCGGCACAUUUAUGUAAGUUCAUAUAACCGGUAUAUUCAAACCAUCUUUAGGUAUUUAAAUUCAAUACUUAAUUUUCAUUGAACAGAAAAAGUCAACCGCUGAAGCUCACGAUAAAUAAAUAUUUUAUCGCAUUUUUUCUAAGCAUUUAACCAACACAUUUUUA